CGCGCGUUUAGCCGAGAGCGAGUCUUAGCUUCCUGCAGGUCCACUAAGUCACGGGCAGCCAACCUCCCUGGCCUGGGCUGCAGCUUGCUUUAUUGUUUUGGGGUUUUUCUUCUUACCUUACUUGUUUUGAAAACCCUUUCGAACUUGGGGUCGCUUUCCAGAGCCAUGAAGAUAGCGUUGGCCAAGGACUUGGAGCAGGACGCUGCGCUGGCCAGGAGGUCACGGGCGGAGCUGUGCAGGCAGCAGCGGAUCUUUAACGCCAGGAACAGGAUCAUCGGGGGAGACACACAAGCCUGGGAUAUUCAGGUUCAUGACCAGAGGAUAAAAGAAGCCACAGAAAAAGCUAGACAGGAAACCUUUGCUGCUGAAUUGAAGCAAAAUGACAAAACCGGGUGCAUAUUAGAUGACCGGGAGAAGAGAGAUAGGAAGUGUCUCUGCAAAGCUAUCAAUGACUUCCAACAGAACUGUCAGAAUCCGGAAUCGCGCCGAGAGUUCGAUUUGUCUGACCCCCUAGCGCUUAAGAAAGAGCUUCCAGCCCGACAGUCAGACAGCGACAUCCGGAACACAGUAUCAGGGAUGCAGAAGUUUAUGGGCGAGGACCUGAAUUUCCGGGAGAGGAAGAAAUUCCAAGAAGAACAGAUGAGGGAAUGGUCCUUGCAGCAGCACAGGGAGUGGGAGAGGGCCCGUGCUGACCGAAAGUUUGCAGAGGACCGCCACACACAGGCCAGACUGAAGUUUGAUGAGACAGCCAGUCACCUGCAGAAGCUGGAAAGCACCACCAGGAAGGCUGUUUGUGCAGCUGUGAAAGAGUUCAACAAGCAACAGGCCAUGGAGUUGGCAGAACGGAGAAAACAGGAGAGAAGACAGGAGCAGGAGGACAACGUGGCCGAGAUUGCCAACCUGCUGCGGGGGGACCUGCUCUCCGAGAACCCUCAGCAGGCGGCCAGCGCCCUCGGGCCGCACCGCAUGAUCCCCCACCGCUGGAAGGGCAUGAGCCGGGAGCAGCUGGAGGGCAUCCGCCUGGCCCAGAGGCAGCAGAUCCAGGAGAAGCUGCGGCUGCAGGAGGAAGCGCGCCAGCGGGACCUGGACUGGGACCGGCGGCGGGUGCAGCAGGCUCGCGUGGAGCUGCUGGGUGAGCGGCAGCGGCGGCGGGAGCAGAGCGAGCAGCGCAGGGCCCUGGACCGCAGCAACCUCAGCCUGGCCGCCCAGCAGCGACUGCAGAAAAAACACAUGGAUGAACUCUGUGCAAAUCAACCCACGGGAGAUUAUUUUGCUCAAUUUAAUACACAAAGUCGAUAAUGCAAAUGACGCCCUUGGUUUAUGAAUAAAGUGUGGCCACCUCGAA